AGGAGGAAGAGGAGGAAGAGGAGCAAGAUGCUUCAGGGUCCCGUCUGACGCCCGCACUGUCCUGCACUGAAGGACCAUGAAGGACACGGGGGAGACCAAGGAGCAGCAACUCACUGUUGCCCUGAGGAUCCGACCCCUCAACGAUGCGGAGCAGGAGGAGGCGGCUACGAUCGUGGCCCACAGAGUGGACGACCAGAUGGUGGUUCUGCUGGACCCCAUGGAGGACCACGACGACAUCCUGCGGGCCAACCGCUCCCGGGAGAAGACUUACGUGUUUGACGUGGGGUUCGACUACUCGGCCACCCAGGAGGAGGUGUACAGAGCGACGACCAAAGGGCUGAUCGAGGGCCUCAUAUCGGGCUACAACGCCACUGUGUUCGCAUACGGACCCACAGGCUGUGGGAAGACGUACACCAUGCUGGGGACGGACAAGGAGCCGGGCAUCUACGUUCGAACGCUGAACGACCUGUUCCGUGCCAUCGAGGAGACAAGCGACGACAUGCUGUACAGCGUCUCCAUGUCCUACCUGGAGAUCUACAACGAGAUGAUCCGGGACCUGCUGAACCCGUCUUCAGGCUUUUUGGACCUGAGGGAAGACUCGAAGGGAGAGAUCCAGGUCGCCGGCAUCACCGAGGUGUCGACCAUCAACGCCCAAGAGAUCAUGGAGCUGCUGAUGAAGGGGAACAAGCAGAGAACCCAGGAGCCCACAGCAGCCAAUCAGACGUCCUCCCGCUCCCACGCCGUGCUGCAGGUGGACGUCAGGCAGCAGAGCCGCUGCCGGGACGUCCUGCAGGAGGUUCGCUUCGCCCGCCUCUUCAUGAUCGACCUCGCCGGCUCCGAGCGGGCAGCACAGACUCAGAACAGGGGUCAGCGGUUGAAAGAGGGGGCCCACAUCAACCGCUCCCUCUUGGCUUUGGGCAACUGCAUCAACGCCCUGAGCGACAAAAAUGGCGCCAAGUACGUCAACUAUCGAGACAGCAAGUUGACGCGCUUACUAAAGGACUCGUUGGGCGGGAACAGCCGAACGGUCAUGAUCGCCCACAUUAGCCCCGCCUCCUCUGCGUUCGAGGAGUCUCGGAACACGUUGACGUACGCCGACCGUGCCAAAAAUAUUCGAACACGGGUUAAGAAGAACCUGAUAAAUGUGUCGUACCACAUCGCUCAAUACACCAACAUCAUCUCUGACCUGCGCUCCGAGAUCCACCGGCUCAAGAAGAAGAUCGCAGACCAGGCGAGUCGCCAGGUCAACUCAGACCGGGCCGACAUCCGCAAUGUCCAGGCUGAAGUCCAGGCCCACUCCAGCCAGAGUCGGGCGGAGAUGGACCAGCUGAGGGAGCAGCUCCUGGACGCCUUCCGUCAGCAGAUGGAGAUCAGGAAGAGCCUGAUGGAGCUGGAGAACAGCAGCAUGUCCAUCCAGAUCGACACGUCCAAGCACCUGCUCACCAUCGCAGACUGGGAGCAGGAGAGGAGCCGGCGCAGGAGGAAGUGGCGUGCAGAGAGGAGAAAGGAAAGUGUGAAUAAGGAUGAGAGCGAGAAGGACUCUGACUCCCCGGAGUGCCCCCCCGACAGCACCGAGACCCGGGAGGUGGCGAUUGCCCGUGAAAAUCUGGUCACACUCAUGGCCGAGCAGAAAAGGAUUCACAAGCAAAAGACGUUGCUGGAGCGCAGGUUCCUGGAGCUCCGGGACCGAGCCCGUCGCCUGGAGGAGCUGCUGCCGCGGCGGGUGAGCUCAGAGGAGCAGCGGGAGGUGCUGGGCCUCCUCUGCAAGGUCCACGAGCUGGAGAUCGAGAACGCCGAGAUGCAGUCGCACGCGCUGCUCAAGGACAACGUCAUCCGGCAGAAGAACUUCGUGGUGCAGCGCUUCGAGCAGCACAGACACCUGUGUGAGGACAUCAUUCAGCAGCAGAGACAGUUCAUCGACGACCACAGUCUGCUGGUGCCCCCCCACCUCCAGGAGCUGUAUGACACUUACAUGAGGGAGCUGGAGGAGAGGAAGCUGGACAGAGCCAUGGCCCUGGACAAGGUGACCACCAGACAGACCAUCAAGGAGGGCUCUCUACCUAAGAUCACGCUGCCCGGUCACAACACGCAGGACGUGGACUCAGACCAGGAGAGUGUUCGCAACAUGUUCCCCGAUAACAGACGAGGCCAAGCCAAGACCCGGAGGCACACUCUGCCCCCCAUCCUGCGUGAGCCUGAGCUGGACAACAACAGAGUUUUUAAGAGCAGCCCUCAUGCCAGGCAGAUGAAGAACUCGGCUGUGAUGACGCCGCCUCCCAUCCACAUCAACCGAAAGGGCAACAGAGAGCUGCAGCCUCUGGCCCCUGAGAGCUCGCUGAGUUUCAGUCACCUCAGCCACAGCCUCAGCAGCCACCUCGACUCGUCACCCGAGAGCAGCGAGGCCGGCGCCGACAUCCCCCUGUCACGAAACGAGCGGCAGCAGAUCCUGAAGGGCGUCCAGAACAUCGUGGUGAAAGCUGCUCGCCGACGCUCCAAAGCCCUGGAGGUGGACGCCCUGCGACUCCCCCCUCCCCCCUCUCCCCUGGACCCCAAGAAGCAGAAGAGCAGCCUCUCCCUGAGCGAGGCGCCACCUAGGGGUUUGCCGAUGCGGCGCGGCAGGCAGCCCAGCCCCGACCUCAGGCACGCCACCUCGGACGACAACCUGUCCAGCAGCACCGGGGAGGGGCCCGGCCUGCAGGUGACCUGGACGCGCCCGCGUAACCGCCAGGUCGCCGCCAAGAACCAGACGCCCAGAGACGUGGACUUCGAGGCUCGACGCAAGAAGAGGCGCUCACGCUCUUUCGAGGUCACAGGUCAAGCUCUUCCUCAAACCAAGACGACCACGGCUCAGAGGUUUCGUCCUCUGGACAGCACAUCAGACCCCCACCUCCACAUCAACGGUCAGCCCCAGGCCCCCAGCCUGCGCCCCCAGUACCGAGGGGUCCCCCCGCUCGCCAAAGUCCGGGCACCCCACAACGGCCAGCAGACAGGUAAACUGACAUCCCUGUCAGCGGAGACAUCGUCCACCGCCCACAUGAAUAACCUGAAGAGAGGGUCCCAGCUGCGGCAGCCCCAGCCCCUCCUCUACAUCACCACCACGGGCGCCGGGGGCCAGCGCACCCGCAGACACUGAACCUCCACCCGCGGCCCCCUUAACACCAGCACUGACACCCAAACCAGCUGUUUCCUGCAGGGGCUCCCUCUGCAGAGCGUCCACACUCAACCUCCAGACCCAUUUAAAUGAACACUCAGCACCCAAGUGAAGCUCAAGAGGCUGCACGAUGGAGACUGACCACGCCUGUCUCCUCUGAACGACGGCGCCGACUGGCUCUGAAACCGACCGGGGCCGCAGAUCGCUUCACGUGCUUGUUCCGUUCUGUCCAGUGUUUGCACUGUAGCUGGCUGUCGUGCUGUAUUGGCGUUUUUCCGGAUGUUGUCGGGCUCCUUACGAACGCAGCCCUGUGCUAAUGUCUGUGCAUUAUGAUCGUUCACUGUGUGGUAACGUGCUGUGCUCGUUACGAAGGCCAGAAACUGAAGGAAAUCCGGCUAAUGAGGGAAGUUAAAGGGGAUAAACCUCAAAGUAAUGAUGAAAAUGAGUGAUGAGGGAAUAACGAGGUCUAUUAGACAAAAGAUAAAAAAGGCCAAGGGGAUAUUUCACUGAUGGAAAUGUAAAAACUGUUUAAUGAGCAGAGGCCUCCUGUCAAAAUGUUUCAGUAUCAAUGUUUCUUGUAGUGAAACUGUUUAAAUUUGACGACAAACUCAUAUUUGAGUUUUAAAAAACACUUCAUUUUGCUUCUCGUGCAUUCAAACUCAACCUUUGUGUUCUGACAUGACCCAGGUCUUCGCCUUUAUGACCUUUAUGACCUUUAUGACCUUUAUGACCCACACUCAACUGAUAAGUGUCCUGAUUGUUUUGUGUAGAUAUCAAGUGUGCUAUCACGAGAAGCUUUCCAGAUUAGCUGUCUGUAUUUUUAAUGAUUUAUUUAACUAUUGUCUUUUCUUUUAUGUUGUUGUCAUGGACGUUUGUUUUCAUAUUGACGACUUUCUAUGCUUUAUU